AUGGCCCUUGUACACUCAUUUUUUCUUCUCGGGGCCUUCCAAUUCGUGCACGGGGUUGUGGCCCAGGACUUUUCUGGUUCCCAACCACUGUCCCGCUUGGCGAAUGGCUUUAUUGUCGAAUACGCGGAUGACCCGCAGACCCACUCAGUGGAUGUCCUUCAAAAUGUUGUUGCUCAAGUGUCAGAUGCUACGGGCGUGCAAGUCUCACAUAAGAUGGAUCUGAGGAGCAGCAUUUUCAACGGCGCCUCUUUUCAAAUUACUAGAGAGCCUGACAGUGGCGCAAGUGAGGGCUUGAUGACUACUGAUGAGCUGUUGGAGGCUGCCUUGCUCCAGAUGCCUGCUAUCGCAGCUGUGUAUCCCAACACAGUGCGCUAUCUUCAAGCUCCGAUAGAGUACCGGGAUAUUGGCACGGACGAGGCUUUCACUUCGUUGAAACGGAGGCAGACUAGCAACGGUAGCGACGAGGCCCAGAUCUACUUUGGACAGGAUGGCACGCCCUUGAUAAACCCUCACGGAAUGACAGGGGUGGAUAGACUUCAUGCAGAGGGAAUCACAGGUGAAGGUAUCAAGAUUGCUAUCAUUGACGCAGGAAUCGAUGCCUUCCAUGAGGCCCUUGGAGGGGGAUUUGGGCCAGGGUUCAAAGUAGCGGGAGGAUAUGACUUUGUCGGUGAUCAGCCUGACAACGAUGUCGACCCACCUGUUCCCGACAACUCUCCGCAGACAGUGUGUGCAAAUCAUGGUACAGCAACUUCGGCGAUCGCGGCAGGACUACCAUAUAAGUUCGGAUUUGUAGGUGUCGCGCCGAAUGCCACAAUCUAUCACUACAAGGUGUUUCCUUGCUCCGGAGGCGUUUCGACUGACGUCGGGGUCAACGCUUCCCUUGCUGCAUACGAGGAGGGUGUCGAUGUCAUCAAUGCCUCCAUUGGAGGCCAAGGAGGAUGGGGCAACGACCUGUGGGGAGUCAUCGCUUCCAGAAUUAUGGCAAAUGGGACGGCCUACAUUAUAGCAGGUGGAAACGAUGGUGCUCGCGGCACAUUCAUUGCGAAUUCGCUGAGCAGCACACAAGGAGUUCCGAGUAUUGGCUCCAUUGAUAACGCUUACAGCCCGGCCUUGGUCGCCAAUGGUUCAUACAGUGUCAACGAAGGCGAAGCAGUACCUUUCGAAUAUGCACCCGGGUUCCCUGCAAACUGGACCUCGCCCCUGGAGAUCAUCAAUUUGCAGGUCAAUGGCUGCACACCGUACCCAAACACAACCUACGCUCCAAAUCAGGUGAUUCUACUGCAAAGACCUUACGCAGGCACUACUGGUUGCGACCAGAAUGCACAAGUAAAGGCCGCCGGUAUCCGGAACAUCCUAUUUUACAACUACUUUGACGACGUUGCCACCAGACCAUUACCCCUCGUGACGACCGAAGGAUUUCCCUUUGACUGGCUAGAUGGCGUGGGAUACGUUGACAAUGCUGUGGGAACCAAAUUAGCUGGACUUGUAGCCGGUGGAAACAAGAUUACAUUGGACUUGCCCUGGAAGCCUGAUAACGACACUAGAAUACCAAGACUGAUGAAAAACGACAUUAGUGGGGGCUUCGUGUCAAACUACACCACAUGGGGACCAACGUAUGAGGCAAAGAUUGGCACUACUUUCUCUGCUCCUGGUGCAAACAUCAUGACGGCUGGUGGAACGAUCUAUGGAGGUCUCGUCAUCGCCAGUGGAACAUCAUUUUCGGCGCCAUACGUUGCCGGUGUCGCGGCUCUCAUCAGGCAGGCCCAUCCUGGCAUCACGCCCAACGAGAUUAUCAACCGCCUAGCCACGACUGCAAAACCAGUCAGAAUGCAGUCAAACCAGCGAGAGACACAGGACUACCUGGCUCCUGCCUUCCAGCAGGGCGGAGGAAUGAUCGAUGCUUACGCCGCUCUGAAGACCACCACUACACUGAAUGUCAGCGACCUCGCUUUCAACGACACAGCGUACAGCCAGCCCCAGAGCUUCGAGAUUCGGAAUGGAGGAGGUGACUCCGUGACAUAUGAACUUACUCACAAUCCCGGCCCGACUUUGUACACUUUCUCACCCGGCAACACCACGGUCACGGCCUUCAACAACGACUCUGCCUUCCCAGAAAACAUACUGCCCGACGCCCAUGCCGAGCUGUCAUUCUCCCAGUCAUCGGCAACAGUGGAAGCCGGGGGGACUGCUGCGUUCACAGUACAGGUUACGCCACCGGCCGGUCUCGAGGCGAGUCGACUCCCGCUGUACAGCGGCUUUAUCACGAUCACAGGCUCCAACGGUGAUAACCUCUCCUUGGCUUAUGGCGGAAUAGGCGCUGAGCUGCGCAGCGUGCCUGUGCUGGACACGACCCCCGGGCAGGAGAAGACGGUUCUGAUAGCCAACACGACGGAUGGCGACGUCCGCCCUGGCCUGGACGGCAACAACCUGACCAGCACCUUCACUAUCCCGCGCGUGACGGGUAAUAUCACAACCAGCACGGCACUUACCAACCUGACCCUGCCGGGAUAUCAGAUCACCCCUCUGUUCGGGUCGCUGCGGCUCAACGUCUCGCUGCUGCAGGACGGCGUGAACCUCGGUCUGGUCAGCACAGUUGGCGACAUUCAGCCUUACUACGUGCGGGACGCGGCCACCAGCGCUUAUUUUUACGGGCGGAUGGCGGACAACACCUUCGUGCAGGACAGCGGGACGUAUAGGUUCCAGCUGCGCCUGCUGAGAGUGACUGGGAACCCCGAUAUCGAGGCGGAUUGGGACCAGGUUGUCACGGAGCCUUUCACGCUGAUCUUCUCGGAUGUCGUUGGGAACGCAUCGUCGGUUGCUGCUCGAGACAGGCGCAGCAGGUCACCGGGUGGCGGGAAGUACUUUCCUCUUUGA